AUGGCAGCAGCUAGGAACAGUGGGAAAUCCAAAAAUUUCACCGAAGAAACUCAGAAUUUUACACACAUGGACUUUGGUCAGAUGGGUUUUGAUGAAACCAGAGAAUGGAAGCAAGUUUUUGAUGAAGCUUCCAUGGCGGAUAGACACAGAAACGCUAGACCUCUGAAAAAAAUCAAAAGCCCUGAACAUCAAUCCACCUCUUCUUCAUCUUCAUCUUCUUCGAAGCUUUUCCCCUUUGCAUUUGACGGAAAUAAUCAACAGACAAUCGAAUCAUUACAACAAUAUCGUUCCAGUUUUUCUCAACCUCUUCCUAUACACCCAUCUCAACCACAAAACCCACAAAUGAUUUCUUUUAACCCGCAACAACAUUACCAGCAACCGCCAAUGAUCCACCAAAAUUUCGGGUUCCCGCCAUAUUUUUCAGGCGAGCACUCAGGAUCAUCGCAGCAGCAACUACUCCAGUACUGGAGUGAUUUGAGCCCUAGAGGAAGAAUGAUGAUGAUGAACAAAAUGCGACCUCCAUUUCAACCAAUUCAACCGAUUCACACCACGAAAUUAUACAGAGGUGUGAGGCAAAGGCAUUGGGGGAAAUGGGUGGCGGAAAUUCGUCUUCCACGGAACCGUACUCGUCUCUGGCUUGGAACAUUCGACACGGCGGAGGACGCCGCCAUGGCUUACGAUCGUGAAGCUUUUAAACUUCGCGGUGAAAACGCCCGGUUGAAUUUCCCAGAGCGAUUCGUUAAGACCACUAAGAACGAAUCGGUUUCCGGCGGUGGUCAGAACUCCGGCCAGGAAUCAUCUUCUUCAUCUCCUCCCACUCCGUUAGUGAAAGACGAUACAGAGAAUUCAAAAUCGAAGGAAUCUGAGGAAGUUGUUACAGAGAAUGAAGGUGUUCAUGGGGAUCCGGUAACUCGGGAGGAAAAUUCCGAUCCGGCGUGGGGGGAAAUGGCGGAGAAUUGGUAUAAUUCCGGUUGGGGUCCAGGUAGUGCGAUGUGGGAUUCUAUUGAUUCCAACAACAAUUUAAUGUUUCCUUCAGAUUUUAAUCUUGAAAACCAUGAAGAACACCAAAAGGAGUAUCAGCAGCAAGAGCAUGGGAAUUACGAUUUCUCUGACUUUGAAUCACAGAUGAAUCCUUUCGUUUGGAAGGAUGAAGCUUCAUUUUAA